AUGGGUCAAGAAGAUGCUGUUUACCUCGCCAAGCUGGCCGAGCAGGCCGAGCGCUACGAAGAGAUGGUCGAGAACAUGAAGGUUGUUGCCUCCGCUGACGUUGAGCUCACCGUCGAGGAGCGGAAUCUCCUGUCCGUCGCCUACAAGAACGUCAUCGGUGCCCGCCGUGCGUCGUGGAGAAUCGUCACCUCGAUUGAGCAGAAGGAGGAGUCCAAAGGCAACGAGUCCCAGGUUACUCUGAUCAAGGAGUACCGCCAAAAGAUCGAGGCCGAGCUGGCCAAGAUCUGCGACGACAUCCUCGAGGUUCUGGACGACCACCUGAUCAAGUCGGCCCAGAGCGGCGAGUCCAAGGUCUUCUACCACAAGAUGAAGGGUGACUACCACCGCUACCUGGCCGAGUUCGCCAUUGGCGACCGCCGCAAGGGCGCUGCCGAUGCCUCCCUGGAGGCCUACAAGGCUGCCACCGAGAUCGCCCAGACCGAUCUUGCCCCGACUCACCCCAUCCGCCUUGGUCUGGCCCUGAACUUCUCGGUCUUCUACUACGAAAUCCUCAACUCGCCCGACCAGGCCUGCCAUCUGGCCAAGCUUGCGUUUGACGACGCUAUUGCUGGUAAGUACUUUUUCGCUGUGAGUGUGAGGGAAAAGAAUCUCACAUCCGACGCAGAGCUCGACACCCUGAGCGAGGAGAGCUACAAGGACUCGACCCUCAUCAUGCAGCUCCUCCGGGACAACCUUACCCUCUGGACUUCGUCCGAGGCCGAGCCCGCCCCCGAGAGCGCCGGCGCUUCCGAGAAGAAGGAGGAGGCCCCGGCCGCGGAGGGUGACAAGCCCGCCGAGUAA